UGCCGUGAAGUCUCCAGCACCAGUCUCCAGUGCGAAGAGUAUGGUCUGGUUGUUCCAGUUUCUCAUGCUUGUCUUUCUCAUUGGCCCAGGGUACACAGUUUCACAAACUGAAGAAACCCCAUUGAAGGUGAAAGGGGUGCUGGGGGAGUCAGUAACUCUUCCCUUGAAGAUUUCUGCAGGAGAGGAGAUCGUGUAUAUCACCUGGCUUUUUAAUGGAACAUCUAUCAUCUUCCUAGAGCCAAAGAAAAAACCAAUCCUGGUGACUGACCCAAAACGGAAACAUCGACUGAAAAUCACCCAGUCCUACUUCUUGCAGAUCAACGAGUUGAUGAUGGCAGAUGAAGGACUUUACCGUGCCCAGAUAACUACAAUCGACUCCUCAUUGAUUUUUGAUUACUCUGUGAGGAUCUUUGAACGACUGAGGAACUUACAAGUUUCCAAUCACACUCAAAUCUUUGAGAAUGGAACCUGUGAGAUCCACCUGGCCUGCUCUGUAGAGAAUCCAAAUGACCACAUCUCAUUCAGGUGGGAGGUCUCAGAAAACAUACUUCUACAGGAAGCAAACCUCACUAUCUCUUGGGACUCCAAGAACUCCAGUGAACAGACCUACACCUGCAUAGCUGAGAAUCCUGUCAGCGAUUUAUCCUUCUCCUUCUCUGUCCAAAGUCUCUGCAAAAGUAAGUCUGUCUGAGGGCUCUCUGAGAGACUUGAGCAGCUGUGGGUCAUGGCAUGUCCUCAUGACCUACAUGAUUCCCAAAACAAUAGUCCACUGGGAGGUAGCUACAGAUGCUGGGAGAGGACAGACACCCUCUGGUGCUCUAUGCUUCCCACUACCCCCAGAGGUCUCACCUUUCCCCACUUUCUCUUCCCCCAACCCUUCUUCCAACACACUCGAGCCCAAGGGCAAAGUCCUUGGGAAGGCAGAAUCAUGUCCUUCCCUGGCUCUAUCAGGCUCUGCCCUGCCCUGGCUGCCACAUGGGACUCCCACUUUCAAAAUCCUGCCCAAAGCCCCAGAGAUUCUGGGG